AUGGCCCAAGCCUACCUCACGCGCGAUCUCCUCAUGAAGAACUUCCCCGAGCUGGCCGAGGAGGGCGCGCUCGAGAUCAAGAUCAUCAAGACGACGGGGGACAAGGUGCUGUCGCAGGCGCUCUCGGACAUCGGGGGCAAGGGGCUGUUCACGAAGGAAAUCGACGAGGCGCUCCUCGACGGGCGCGUCGACAUCGCUGUGCACUCCAUGAAGGACGUCCCCACGUACCUCCCGGCCGGCACCAUCCUCCCGUGCAACCUCCCGCGGGAGGACACGCGCGACGUGUUUAUUUCGCCCAAGUACAAGUCGCUCGCGGAGCUGCCGGAGGGCGCGACGGUGGGCUCGGCGUCGCUGCGGAGGCAGGCGCAGAUCAAGGCCAAGCGGCCGGACCUGAACGUGGUGAACUUCCGCGGGAACGUGCAGUCGCGGAUCCGUAAGCUGAGCGAGGGGGAGUGCGAGGCGACGCUGCUCGCGCUGGCGGGCCUGAAGCGGCUGAGCAUGGAGGAGCACAUCACCGCGAUCCUGGACUACGAGGAGAUGCUGCCCGCCGUCUCGCAGGGCGCGAUCGGCAUCGCGUGCCGCGAGGGCGACGACAAGUCCGCCGAGCUCCUCGCGGCCCUCAACCACGAGGACACCCGCGUCGCCGUCCUCUGCGAGCGCGAGUUCCUGCGCGCGCUCGACGGCUCCUGCCGCACCCCCAUCGCCGGCUACGCCCGCCGCGAGGGCGACGAGCUCGUCUUCGACGGCCUCGUCGCGGACCCAGAGGGCAAGACCACGCUGCGGAGCGAGGGCCGCUGCGCGUUCAACCCGGAGGACGCUGUGGCGCUCGGACGCAAGUGCGGGGAGGACAUCAAGGCGAAGGCCCCAGAGGGCUUCUUCGACUGGCUCGAGCCCGUGACCGAGGCGCCCGUGUCGCCCAAGGCUGUCGCCAACUAG